GUGCUGCCAGUCAGUGCGGCCUAUCAGUGCCAAUCAGUGCGGCCUAUCAGUGCCAUCAGUGCCGCCCAACAGUGCCAGUCAGUGCCGCCUAACCGUGCCACAUAUGAGUGCUGCCUUUUAGUGCCCAUCAGUGAUGUCUGUCAAUGCCCAUCAGUGCCACCUACCAGUGCCUCCUCAUCAGUGCCCAUCAGUGCCACCUAUCAGUGUCCAUCAGUGCAGCCUAUCAGUGCCCAUCAGUGCAGCCUCAUUAGCGCACAUCAGUGAAGGAGAAAAAUCACUUAUUUACAAAAUUUUAUAA